UUUCACCCUCUUUGUAUUUCUCCCUUCUUUAGAGACGAGACAUCUCUUUAAUACAUUUCUGUUUGUAUCUCUCUUUCUCUCUUUUCUCCCUUGUUUCUCCUGUCAGAUUUCGCUUUGUUUGUUUUUUUAGAUACUUUCUCUUUCUAUCUUCAUGUUUUGAUCCUGCAUACACCUCAAAGUGGUUGAUCUUUGUGUGUUUUCAACACCAUCAUCAUCAAUUAAUCGUGUUACAUUGACAAAGAUUGACAAUUGAAGUUUUUGGGUCUGAAAAGGAUUUAAUCAUCAAUGCAAUAAUCAUCUGUUGAGGACGCAAGGUCAAGAAACUCCUAGUCCACUUCAUAUGACUCAUUACUGUUUGAAACUCGUAUUUUAGCGCUGGUCGUUAAAAUGGCCAUUCUAAUCUGACUGUCAGAUAAAGGAAACUAUGAUAAUAGAAUCCACAGGAUUGUUAUUUUGUGACAAUUUGAUUUAAAGAAAUUGUACAAAUUUGUUUUGAUGACAUCCCGCCGUAGCCGUAUUAUCCUCUCAAUCGCCUCGAUUACAUAUUCAUGUAAAAUUGCAACAUCAUCAACUUAUUGCACUUAACUGUGUAUUCAUUUUUGCAUCAUAUCUUGAUUACUUUAUUUACCUACACACUACAAACAUCAUUUCUGUACAAAAAGUCACAUACAAAAAGCUCUUAUUCAAAGAUUGGUAAUCAAAGAACAUGAUGAUCAUUUUCAUGGAAUUCGAUUCUAAAUGUCUACAUUGACUUCUUUAUGAAGAAUUUUUUGCUCAGUGUUUUUUGAGCAACAAAAUAAUUAAAACUACUUUGGUAGCUGUUUCUAAUCUUGGAACUUAUCCCGAAUUUAAAAAGCAUCAAUUAAGAAGCCAUGAAAGCAAUCGAAGCUGACCAACCAAAUGGUCAUAUCCAAAAAGAUGCUCAGACUCCUCCACCUCCUCUGCACCCUCCACAACCUCUUUCAUCAGAAGAAUUAUCAUCACCAUCAACACCUUCAGCUCAGUUGUCAGAAUUGAGUUCUCAAUUAUCAUCACAGAUUGAACCAGAUCAACCAAAUGACUUAAAAAAAGAAAAAUCGACUGAGGAACCUGCUACAUCGGCUGAACCAAAUAAACUAGACAAAUUAUUUUAUUGUUUGCGUAAAGUUGGCUCAGCUAUUCAAGAACUUGUAGAAGAAGGCUCUAAAGAUUCGUAUACGUCUACGUUUGAAUCUUAUAGAUCAAAAGAAGUGCCUCCGAACAUUUUGCCUAAAGUAACUAAAGACUUUGGAUGUCAGAAGUUUGGGUCUGUUAGUUUAGUUCAUCGCUCAGUGGGGGACAGGAAUCCUAUCAUCCGUUCAAUGGAUGAAUACGAAGCUUUGGAGCAAUCGGACCAACGCCGUUACUUAAUCAGUCAACUAGAUGCCUAUGGGAAACAAUAUUUAAAAAUCAUUGAAGAAAAAGAACGUCGAAGACGUAAAUUGUGCCAUUUACAAUCAGAAUUUAUAUCUCUCAUGCUGCCGCAAUUCUCUAUUAUUCAUAGUAUUAUGGCGGAAGGGCUACGGAAUGAAUGGCAAAAUAAACUCAAAAUUAUUGACGAAUUGACCCGUUUGUUGAGUGAAAAUGACGAAAGGCUGAAUUUUUCAAGUGAUUUUUUCGUGAAUCAAUCAAGUUCAGGAAUAAAUUUAUCAAUGUCCCAAAGGCGAGCAAACAAUGGAGAGACAGAAAACGACGAUGAAUAUGAUAACGAUGAAGAUGAAACAGGAACUGAUUAUGAAGAAAUGUCAAGGAACCAUAACUAUUUUAAUGGAUCAAUACUGUCCUUGACUGAUUCUAGUCAUCGUGAGAUUUCACCCAACGAUGAAGUAAAUAAUUCUGCAGAGUCUUUACGAAUUGCAACUGAACGUUAUCAGCAAAUCAGAAGAAAUGCGGAAGAGCUUCGUGAAGAUAGCUCUGGAGUCCCAGUUGAUUUAACUACUGACUCUGAAUUUGUAAAUCAAUUAGCCAGAGCCUGUGAUCCAUUAGCUUUCAAGAGAUCUUAUGGUCGAAAGUCAAUUCCACCGCCUACUAAAUAUAAUAAUGGUACCAGUGAUCCUGCCUCUCCUAAGCCUCCUGGUCUUCAUAAAUACAAAAUUUGUCUUUUCCGCGAUGGGGGUUAUCGCUGUUACUACAUUGGUAAAGAUCGUUCUUGUAACAUGAGGCAACACUGGCUUCACAGACAUGGAGUAGAUGCACCACCUGAACAUUUCUAUGCUCGCAAAGACUUGACCGAUACAGAGGUUCAAAAAUACAAAUUAAAGUAUGAAGUUCAAAAAAGUAAUUUCCCUAAAAAUAGGGAUCCAUUGAUGUCCACCAUCUUCCAACAAUCACCUGCCAAACGGCUAAAACUUUCACCAACCCACCAAGAAAACACUCCACAGGCGUAAAUUUUUUUUAUUUUUUACAUUUUCUUGUCACACAUUUUUUUCGGCCAUUCUCAGUUCAUUGUUUGUUUAUCACCAAUUGCCACAAUCCUUUCCUUUAUAUUUUUGUUUUACAUAGUUAUUUCAAACAAAUUAAAUAGAAACAUUUGUAAACAGAUUCAA